AUGGAAAUGAGGGUUGCAGUGGAACUUCCGACGAGAGCAGAUAAUGGGACUAGCUACACGGAAUCCCUCCGGUUAGCGUUCUUUGAGGCUACGGCCGGUAUCGGCAUCGCUUUCAGCGGUGGACGAACGGGGGGAACAGCCACGGGCACAACCGAUCCCAAUGUUGCUGCUGGAUGCGAUUAUUGGGCAAACAACAUUGCAUCUAGUGAUACCUGUGCUUCCGUGGAGAGUUACUUUGGCAUCACUAACCCCUCCCUGUCGAGCACCGACUGCACGCUCGUUGUCGGCUACUCGUACUGCGUCGAGGCUCCUGCUGUUGCCACCACUACGAAAACAACUUCCAAGACCACAACCUCCACUACUACGCAUCAUUCCACCUGUAAUAAAUACUAUGACGUGGCCGAAGGCGACACAUGUGCGACUAUCGCCAAUGCCAACAGCAUCACAUUAGCCAACUUCUACCUCUGGAAUCCAGCUGUCGAUUCUUGUUCCUCCCUCUGGCUGGGCUACUAUGUCUGCGUUGGUGUAUCUGCAACGACCGCAACCACGACAGGACCCUCCCCGACCCAAACAGGCAUCACCUCUGACUGCACGGCCUACUACCAGGCCAAGUCUGGCGAUACCUGCGCCGCGAUCGUGACCGGCUACUACUCAUACCUAACCGUAGCCCAGUUUGAAGCGUUUAAUCCUGCUGUCGGGCUGUCAUGCACGAACCUUCUCGCAGGCUACUACUACUGCGUGGCUACUUCGACCGUAGAGCCGGAGCCGGGGGUUAUUAGCACCUGCAAGGCUUACCAUCUGGUUGUUAGUGGUGACUCGUGCUAUUCAAUUGAGCAGCAGUACGGUAUUACUGCUGCCCACUUUGUCGCAUGGAAUAGUGGAAUUGGAAGCAGUUGUUCUUCUCUCUGGGCUGGGUAUUAUGUUUGUGUGGGUGUUUAA